AGUUUCUAGGCGAGGUAUGCUGGAGGUUGAGUACAGAACUCGCUCCUAAGUUUCUAGGGAGCGGGGAACCAAGAGCCAGGAACUACAACUCCCAGAAUCCGGCGCUCUGAACAUGCGCAGGAUGGCGACGGUGCGUGAGGUGUCCGCUUGUUUCUGGAGCCAGAAGCAGCACGGACGCUGACCUGGGAGUUCGGGUGCUUCCAGCACAGGUCAAGGGGUGGGAUCAGGUCCAUGUGUAGAUCUGUUGGCAAGGUGUCAGGCUGUUGGCUGAUGUCAGGCUGUUGCCUAGCGCAGGCCGUACUUUAGGUCCAGCCCCUUCCUGUUCCUUCUACAGGAAUCGAGCAGGGGGCUGGGGAGGGGAAUUUAGCCUGCUGCCUAUUUCCCAGGCCCACUGCGGAUCUCCAGGAGCCUCGGGAGAGGUGGUCCUUCUGACCCGUGAGGACAGACCCCAGCACAGGCUGGCUAUGAAGAGCGACGCCUCCACCUCUGCAGCCCCUUUGAAAGGGCUCGGGGGCACCCUGCGGAGCAGUGAGCCUGCACGCGCCCUCCCGGCCGUGGCCCUGGCGGUGCACCUGCUGGAGGAGGCGGCCGAUUUCCUGGUGGUGCACUUGGACUUCCCCGCGGCGCUGGAGACGUGCGAGCGCGCCUGCCAGAGUCUGGCCUACGACGCCCUGGCUGAGGAGCCCACGGGUGGCACCUUCAUGGAGGUGAAAUGUUCCCUGUGUGUUGUGGGGAUCCAGGCUCUGGCAGAAAUGGAUCGGUGGAGGGACGUCCUCUCCUGGGUCCUUCAGUAUUACCAGGUUCCUGAAAAGCUGCCUCCUAAAGUCCUGGAGUUGUGCAUCCUUUUAUACAGCAAAAUGCAAGAGCCUGGAGCUGUGCUGGAUGUGGUUGAUGCCUGGCUCCAAGACCCAGAAAACCAGGACCUUCCAGAGUAUGGAUCCUUGGCAGAACUCCACCUGCUGCGGGUGCUGCUACCCCUGGGCCGCUUGUCAGAGGCUGAGGAGCUGGUGGUGAGCUCUGCUGCUUUCAGUGAGAAGCAGCGGCUAGAAAUGCUCCAGGCCAUUCAUACAGCAAGGCAACAGCAUAUACAGGAACACUUGAUCCCCCAGGAGCCCCAGAAGCUGAGCCAGCAAGGUUCAUUCUCCCAUAAAUUGCUGUCACUGCUGAUGUUACUUCGCCGGCUUUGGGGCUCUGCAAUGAGUCACCUCCUUUCUCAGCCCUUCAAAAAGAGCCUGUUGGCUGCCUUGAUCCUCUUUCUCUUGGUGGUGCGGUUUGACCCAGCGUCUCCUUCUUCCCUGCCCCUCCUCUACCAGCUGGUGCAGCUCUUCCGCCGAAUCCAGAAGGCCACGCUGGCACGCCUCUACCCCCUCGUCCUCUGUGACUAAGUGGUCCUUCCUGGCUGCCUCGGUCUCUUACUGUCCACAUCUACAGAAGCAGAAAAGCUGAGCCCAGUGGCUGGGUCCUGAUAGCCAGAAGGCCCAGUUGGAGUGGGCCCACCUCAUUCUAGAAAGAAUGACUGAGGUGAGCUGCAGCUUGCUGCCUCUGAGCCCUCCCUUACGGCCGGCCUCAUGGGGAUUGUGGCAACAGUGGUGCCAGAGGUCCAGCUGCCCAGAAUGGUACCUCUUAUUUCAACAGUCCCUCCGAAAGGAAGGGUUUGGGAGCAGGGAAUGCGCCCUGAAACAUUCCAUUGUCUUGAUAAAGGCACCCGGUGACCUUCCAGGUCAAGGUGCUGAGGGAGUGGGAGGUUCCGCAUCCUGUGGUGUGACUCUUGGCCUUCCACUUCUCUGAAAAACUUCUGAAAAGUUCUCCACAGGGCAGUAGCUGAAUUAGAGUGAAACCAGAGGAGCUUCUUCUCUCCCAUGCUCCUCUCGAAGGUGUGAUGUCAUUACGAGUCAGUCCACAUUCCCAUCCCCAUCGUCCUGCAGUGGGGCAAGAGGCGUCUGUUUGAGGCAUUUUGCUGUUGAGACAAGAUGUGGCCUCAGCCACCCGUGUGAUGACUGGGAGCAAAGUGAGCCUGCCUGACCUUAUCUCUGGGGAAUGUGAUCUUUCUUGGUGCCUCUUGGUCCUCAGCUCAGUUUUCUAGUAUGCCAGGGGCCAAGCACUGCCCUGUUGUACCCAGCGUCUGCCCACUGGUCUCCCCACCCUUAUCUGCCCAGUUGACUUUGUCCCGUCACUGUUUCUCCUUGUACAGGCAGUGGCAGGUCCCCUUUCUGUGUCUUGCUGUCCUAGUUGUGUUCUGUUGUUUGUAUAAUGCCCACGUUUCUUUGCUCAUGUGGUGUGAAAAGUAGGCCAGUCUCAGAGCUGAGAGCUGAAAAUGGAACUGGGUAAUGAGGUGAGCUGAUGAGCUGUGGGGGCCUGUGGACAAACCUCAGGGAGGAGGCAUUGGGCGUUUCAGCAUGUCUUCUCACUGGCCACAAGGGUCUUUGUGUUUCUAUAAGUACAGAGCACUGUGCUGCUGUCAGGGUGGUGAAGGUGUCCAGUGGGCUGCCCACACUGAUCUCCGUCACUAUGGAUGAGAAUACAGAGUGCACAUUAGCUUUCUGUUGGUUGAUUUUCAGGAACUGUGAGUAAACAACUUCUUAGAGAGGGAAACUUCACAGGCCUUUAGAAUUCUGUCUAAAUCCCAAAGAUGUCCAGCUCUGUAGGAAAUGGGGCUGUCACUUAAAGAAAAAUUAUUUAUUAUUUUUAUUUUAUGUGUAUGAAUGUAUUGCCUGCAUGUAUAUAAGUGCACCUGUGUCAUGCAAUGUCCUCAGAGGUCAGAAGAAGGUGUAGGAUCCCCUGGAACUGGAGUUAGGACAGUUGGUAGCCGCCAUGUGGGUGCUGGGAAUUGAACCUGGGUUCUCUACAAGAGCAAUCAGUGCUCUUAACCACUGAGGCAUCUCUCCAGCCCUGGGCUGUCAUUUUUUUAUAUGGGUUUUAAAUAGACCCUAGAU